AUGCCAAUAGUCACAUCUUCCAGCUCGUCCCGGAAACGUGCAGACUCGUCCGAAAAACAUCACGUGGGGACAACUGGAGCCUCUGCUGGGGUCACUGCUGCGUCGGCGCGUCAACGCAAAAAUAGCGUCAAUCACGGACAUCGCAAAAGUUUUAGCGGCAGCAGCAGUAACAGCAAGUCUGCUAACAAAAAGUCAGUCACUGAUGACCAAGAUAACGAAAUCCUUGAAAAGGCAAAUAAACCUAAAAAGCACCACCAGUCCUUUUUCCGGAAACGACUCGCAUACUUUUGGAAAACACGCAAGUUUGUAUUCAUCCUUGGAGCUUGUAUAGGUCUUAUCUUUGCAGGCUACUACACGGCACAGUCUCAGGAUCUCAUGUCCAUGGAUAUUCUUAAUGACCUUUCCAUGGACACCAUCACUGAUAUCCUCAGUGAUUUCAAGGGCAAGCUCCCCAUGGGAAUUCUUAAAGAAGCCCAUGAUCUCGAAAAAUCCCAUAGCUCUGACCUUUCAGAACCUUUCAAAAUUGGCCUCAUGCUGCGCGAUCGAGAUAAUAUUACUGCUAACUACCCUGUCAUUAUGAUCCCUGGCGUCAUUUCAACCGGCCUCGAGUCAUGGUCUCUCGAGGGCACCCCAGAGUGUCCCACCAAGCAAUAUUUCCGUAAGCGUCUGUGGGGGUCCUGGCACAUGCUACGCGCCAUGCUUCUUGAUAAAAAUUGCUGGCUGCAGCACCUAAUGCUGGAUCCUGUCACUGGCCUUGACCCUCCCAACUUUAAAAUCCGCGCUGCCCAGGGCAUGGAGGCUGCAGACUUCUUUGUUGCUGGCUACUGGAUCUGGAACCGGAUUCUUGAAAACCUUGCUGCUGUAGGUUACGACUCAGGCUCCAUGAUGGUCGCUUCCUACGACUGGCGUCUUGCUUACCAGGAUCUCGAGACCCGUGACCAGUACUUUUCCAAACUCAAGCUUUCAAUUGAAAAUUACUUAUUAACAACUGGAAAAAAAACUGUCUUGGUUGGUCAUUCUAUGGGCUCCCAGAUUGUCUUUUAUUUUUUGAAAUGGGUCGAGGCUUCUGGGCCUACUUUUGGCAAUGGCGGCUCUUCUUGGGUCGAUGAUCAUAUUGAAUCUUUUAUUGAUAUUUCUGGAUCCACCCUCGGCACCCCUAAGGCCAUUGUUGCCUUACUCUCAGGCGAAAUGAAGGACACAGUCCAACUUAACGCUAUGGCUGUUUAUGGUCUUGAAAAGUUUUUUUCCCGCCGCGAACGUGCUGAUCUUCUCCGCAAUUUUGCAGGAAUUGCUAGUAUGCUUCCAAAAGGUGGCCAGGAAGUCUGGGGCGACCAAUCUUUUGCCCAUGACGACUACUCUAACCAAAACGUAUCGUUUGGUAACUUCAUUCGUUUUAAGCAACCCAAAUCUAAUCUCUCGAACCGUAAUCUUACCAUCCCAGAUUCGAUUGAGUACCUCCGAGGUCAAGCCUCAGAAAACUUUAGCAACAAGCUUGACCAAUCUUACUCCUAUGGUCUGGCUCGCACACGCAAAGAGCUCGAGGCCAAUGAAGCUGACCCUCGCAAAUGGGCCAACCCACUGGAGGUGGCUCUCCCCAAUGCCCCCAAUAUGAAGAUUUACUGCUUCUAUGGUGUUGGAAAGCCCACAGAGCGCUCUUACUACUACAAGGAGGAGGACAACAAGACAGCCACCAUGCUCAACGUUACAAUUGCAGCAGAUGAUCCCAAUGCUGUUGUAUUCGGCGAGGGUGAUGGCACCGUGUCGCUUGUCACGCAUUCCAUGUGCCAUAAGUGGCGCGACCCUGGAAACAAGUUUAACCCCGCGGGUAUCCCCGUGCGCAUUGUUGAGAUGGCCCAUGAGCCAGAUAACUUUGACAUUCGUGGUGGUGCCAAAACCGCAGAACAUGUAGAUAUCCUUGGUCGUGCAGAGCUCAACGAGCUGGUAGUGAAGGUUGCGGCCGGCCAGGGAUCCACCAUUGAUGAGCGGCUCAUUAGCCCUCUCAAGACAUGGGUCAAGAACAUGGAUUUGGGUGAGGAUUAA